UCGCCAUGGCCCAGUCCGUCGUCGAGGAACAACAAGAAGAAUCUCUUCACCACAACCUGCGCAACAUUCUCGCUAAACUCAACAUCAACACCGUCGAGGAGUUCUUUGGGCUUGAUAAGAAACAAAUCAGGAGAUGGCUCUCUUUGAUUGCAGUAGAAAUCGUACAAUCUACACCCACAUCGUCCUCUGAUUUCAUGCUUUGGUAUGCGACAUUGAUGGCCGUAAUGGUCUUCCUUAUCGAUAAGGGUUGCUCUGAAACUUUCCGAGCCUCUUGUCGCCCUCAUCCUUUCCAACCAGGCCAAAUCCAACCAAGAAAUUCGUGAUUUCGUCCAAGAGGAAUUCGAGGACCACCCACAGCUAUGACGCACCAUGCACACCGACCACGGCAAGCCAACGCACAUCCCAGCUCCUCAAUCCUUCCGAUCACUCUGGCCGCCUGAUUCCUACGCUCAAACCGGUACUCAAGCAAUCAAUGUGUACAUCAAUGUUCCUGGUUUGGUCGACCGUUUCAUCCAGAAACUGCCCACCGACCUCGUCUCGCUCCUCCAACCCCACGAAAGCUUCAUUGAUCAAACCUUCGAACAUGGGAUCCAGGACGCGUCGUCGGAGCGCUCCGUGUUGAACUGGAUUACACCGCUCGUCGAACGGUGCUCUGGCUGGCUGGAGAACAGAGGAUCAGUCGGUCAGCAUCCUCGUACUUGGCGGAGCUAUCCUAACAAGUUCUUGAAGGACACUGAUGGGACGCGCCAGUUGAAUUGUGCGAUCGUCUCCCGCUCUUCGGACGACAGCACUCACACUCGAGAGAUCCUCGUGCCUGCUGAGCUCAAGAAGACCAGAGCAGAGGCCCGAGAUGCGGAUCUUCUCCUGGCCAAACAGGCCUCCAAGAUCUUCAAAUCUCAGCCCACUCGAAUCUAUGUCGUUGGACUGACACUGUGUGGAAGCUCGAUGCGGCUCUGGCAGUUUUUGAUAGGGCUGGUGCCAUUGGCUCUGAGCUCUUCGACAUCAUAGAGCCCAAACAAAACUUUCCCAAGUUCCUCGCUCUCAUUUCAUUAUUUUUGAGCGCCAACAAGCACGUCCUUGGCUUUGAUUCAACCUUCAUUGAUAGUGAGGCACGUGUAGGUACUAAGAUUAGAAGAGUGCAAAUGAUGCAAAUCAGCACCACCGAGUCCGGUCCUCAAGACUUCAUCAUCGAUCCCAAGAUCUUCCGCUCCAGCGGAAUCUGGGGACGUGGGACAACCUGCUGGCAAGCGCAUCUGUCUGGAGACAAGCAAUAUACCAAAUUUCUCAUAAAUAGAUUCAUGGCAACCCUCAGACGGGAAAGUAGAAGGAGAUAUGCUUUGCCAUGUGGCGGAAACAAACUUGCCUAGAUAUCACCAUCAUGAAGACGUACAGGUUGCCGGGCGGAUAGUCGACCUUGAAUCUUACGUUCGGGGGGGGCAUCGAUUUCCGAAGCGGGGAGAAGAUCCAAAUGACAGAUGAGUGUUCCGAUUCAGAUGAAGAGCCCAAGGAGGAG